UUGGUUCAGUCGAGUCAGAUCAGUCCUUGGGAAGGCGAUUUUCUCUCCGCGGUGCGCGUUCUUUCGGUGGGCCUUACGUCGUCGCGCUUAUUAGCCCUUUUUUCACCUCUUUUCUCCCCUUUUCCUAUUCCCCCUCCGCACCCUUCACCCUGUCCUUCACCCUGGUUAACCGCCACCCCGCAUGUGCUUUCUUCACCCCUCCCCCCUUCACUCGGCUAACGUUUACCCCGAGGCGAGAGUGAAAGAGAGAGAGACAGAAAGAUCGCAAGAGCGCGCGCGCGCGCGCGCUAGCUAACCCGUUGUUGCGCUCGUGAGAUUGCUCCUCGCGAUCGGCGAACUCGAGCAUCGCGAUCGCGUGAACUUCCUGACGAUUUCCGCGAGAGAUAUCGCGAGUCCGGCGAGCGCGCGAACUCGAAGGGUGAAUCGCGCGAAGCCGAGACCAUCUCUUUCUCUCGAGUGUCUCGGUUACUAACUCGUUCGGUCGGAUCGGUACCGCCGCGAGGGUACACACGAGGUAUUUACGCGUGUGCGUAUGCGUAUCGUGAAGCGUGUUCUUGUGCAUUAGGCAUUGCAACCCUCCGUCCGUCCGCGUUUCUGUGCAGUGUUUGUAUUGUCCUUGGCGUUCUCUCACAAUAUAUCUCGAGCCAGUGAUAAUAAAGUCGUGGAUUUUUUUCCGGAGAAUCCGAGAGUGUUUCGCGACAGAGCGAGCGUUGGAGGUCGUGCCGAGUGUCUCGCUUUUGCCAUCAGUGAACGCCGUAAGGUUUCGUCGUGAUAUACACGUCGUGAGAAAAAAAAGAGAGAAAAAAAACAUCACUGCGCGAUAUGACAGAGCGUAGGGACGAGCCCCGGAGCACGUGACAUAGGUAUGCCCGGAGCGAAAAGGCCGGAAGAGGAGAGCAGCAACAGCAGCGAUAGCGGGUGGAAGAUCUCGUCGCGGAAUCCCGUUUUCGGGAAGACGGCAAGCAGAAUCUGGUCGCAAUCGAGUCGAUAAUCGGAAAAGCCCGAAGAAACGUACGGCGUGCUCGCAUGAGCAUCCGCAGACGCGUUUCGCGAGGCGCGGCUCUCGGCGGGUCACUGCCCUCUCUGUCGGGUGAAGUCUCCUCUCGUGUACACUUGACUUUCAGCGGCGAGGGAAAGGAGGAGAGAAGGAGGAAAGGACGAGGAGAGAUAAGGGGAGAGAGCGAGAGAAAGAGAGAAACGGACAUAGAAGGAAGAAAGAGAAGGAGGAGGAGGAGGAGAGAGAGAGAAAGAGAGACGGAAAAGAAAGCACCCACCUUCGGGUGCGCGGGUUUAAAUCGGGACCCUGGUCUAGGUGGGGAAGGGAAGAGAAAAGAAAUGCGUCGGGUAACCGGCGAUUCACGUUGUCGCACGCGCGAUUAAUCUCCAUCCUUAGAAUGUCGCGUGUACAAUGCGCCGGUACUACGUAGACGUGAAGGACGAGAUUAUCACCGGCCACCAUGAGGAGGAAGAACGACAGGUAGUGCGUACGCGGAGCGCGCAUUUUUAUGCCGACGAGUCGUAGAGGGUUUUGGCUAAGGCAGGUGGGCGUGUCGCGGGACAAGAAGAGAUGAUCAUAAGGAGAUCGAUGGUCCUAGCCCUGCUCCUGGGACUCCUGUCGGUGGAGCAAAAUGGCGGCCAGGUCGCCGCCGGCGACCUGGAGCGACGCACGGCAUCCGAGGCUUUUGCGCGCAACCUACCUCAAAGGGUCACGCGCCUGGUGCCACGUAGGUCACCGAUGUUGCCUCAGGACAGCGCUGCGAUGGGCUUGGCUAUGCAGAGUAGAGCGGUCGACACGAGGGUGCAGCUGGAGAUCAAGGAAGGUGAACCCAGAGGAACCUUGGUCGGCCAGAUACCUGUCAAGCCUGACUUCACGUACAGAUUCAACGAGCCACCGCAGGAGUUCGUGCUCGACGCGGAGACCGGCAAGAUAAGAACGGCCAAGGUGCUCGACCGAGAGGCGCUCAGCAGCGAUCGCUUCGACCUGGUCGUGCUCUCCAGCCAACCGACUUAUCCGAUCGAGGUGCGGAUCUUGGUGUUAGACAUCAACGACAACGACCCGGAAUUUCCAGAGCCCAGCAUCGCGGUGAGCUUCUCAGAGUCCGCCGUAGCAGGCACCAAGCUGCUGCUGGACGCCGCAACGGACAAGGAUACACCGGAAAACGGCGUCUUGGAUGACUAUUACAUCGUGGACGGCAACACGGAUGGGAAAUUUCGUCUUCAGGUCACCGGCAAUCCUACCGGUGAGACCUCGUAUCUUCAUCUGGAGACCACGGGCAAACUAGAUCGCGAGCAGGUGGAGUACUAUUCACUGAACAUCUGUGCUCGCGACCGCGGCCAACCACCGCGACUCGGUUAUUUGCUGGUAAACGUCACAGUGUUGGACGUGAACGACAACCCUCCCGUCUUCCAGCAGAGCGAUUAUGUCGUACCGUUGAACGAGAGUGCGCCGAUCGGCACGAAGGUUCUCACAGUGCACGCCACCGAUAAAGACUCAGAAGACAAUUCCAAGUUGACGUAUUACUUGCCGGACAACGAGCGAAAAUUCACCAUAGACCCGGAAACAGGUACGAUCAUCACCGCCGAGCCACUCAGGUGUCCUGAGCAGAUAUGCACCGUGUCUCGUCCGGGUGGUGGUUGUCCCAAGAGUUGCGUCAUAACGGUCUUUGCUCGCGACCACGGUUCACCUAGACAAGACGGUCGUACGUACGUAACGGUGAAUCUGCUGGACGCGAACGAUCAUGCGCCUGAGAUCAAGUUCACCUUCUUUCCGGCUGGUCUUCCGUACGCCACCGUCGACGAGAACGCCGUUAAUGACUCGAUCGUGGCGGCGGUCGCAGUGGUUGACGUCGAUGAGGGCUUGAACGGCGACACCAGCGUGGAAAUACGUGCCGGCAACGAGCUCGGCCACUUCCGGUUGGAGAGCACGAUGGCCUUCUAUAUUGUGCGUGUCAAUGGUCGGCUGGACCGCGAGGAGAUUCCCAAGUAUAAUUUGACGGUAGUUGCCACCGAUAAAGGUACCCCGUCCAGGUCCACGACGUCUUACCUCGUAAUCCAUGUUAACGACGUCAACGAUCACGAGCCGGUGUUCCAGCAGAGCGAAUACUCGGCGGUGCUGUCGGAACUGUCGCCGAUCGGUAGCUUCGUCGCUAGUAUUUCGGCUACAGACGCGGAUUCCGGAGUGAAUGCCAAGAUCAAUUACGACUUCGCCGCGGGUAACGAGCAACACUGGUUCGCCAUAGACAGCAAUACCGGCUUGGUCACCACUGUAGCCACCUUGGACCGCGAAGUUAAAGGCAGUAUCGAGCUGCACGUGUCAGCUUGGGACGGCGGGCCCAACCCCAAGUUCGCGGACACGUACCUGAAAGUCACUAUUCUCGACGAGAACGACGAGGCGCCGCGCUUCUCCGAGAGCAUGGUCAGAAUCACCUUGUUGGAGAAUACGCCUCCGCACAGUCUGGUGGCCACUCUCACAGCCGUGGACAACGAUCAGGGUACCAACGGCAGUGUCGCGUAUAGUUUCCAUCCCAGCGUCUCGCGUGAUUACCCCAACACCUUCGCGUUAGAUGUCCUGACCGGUCAGCUGACGACUAAGGUCGAUCUCGACCGAGAGACCAUAGGAGAGUAUCAAAUCUUGGUGAUAGCUAAAGAUCAAGGCACACCCGUACAGUCCUCGACCGCCACCGUGGUGUUGACUUUGGAGGACGUCAAUGACAACUCGCCUGUGUUUUACCCGUGGCAAUAUCUAAUGUCCAUCCCUCAAAACGCUGUCUCGGGCGCUGUACUGGGUAAGGUGAUGGCGACCGACGCUGACGCCAAGGAGAACGCGCAAGUGAGAUAUUCGUUGGAGUACGGUGGUGAAGGUCUUUUCGCGGUCGACAGCAGCACAGGCGAGAUCACUCUUCGGAAUACUUCCAGUGUCAUGCGUAAGACCCUGUACGAAUUGACCAUCUCGGCGAAGGAUGUCGGCGACCGAGUAGCCAUGAGAAACGCUAUCGUGGAGAUCCUUCGCAAUGAUGACUUGGAACACCUCGAAUUCAACAAAUACAACGGCUACGAGUUUAAAAUCUCCGAAGACAAAGGCGACUGCACCUCCGUGUCCAGCGGAUUCGGCAGAGAGAUCGGCACGGUACAGACUACGCUGUACAAAGACGCCAAGGUGAGCUACGCGAUCGUGUACGGCGAUUCCAAGGGCAACUUCAAGAUCGACCCAAACACCGGCACCAUCAGCACCGCUGGCUGCUUGGAUCGCGAGCAAGAGGCUUUUUACAGGCUGCAAUUGUGGGCGCGCGCUAAUUUCGCGUACGGUCGGACGAUCGUGAACAUCACCGUCGAGGACGAGAAUGAUAACCCGCCCAGGUUCCCCAAGGGCGAACGGGGCGACGAAAUUCUCCUGAACGAGAACGCAGCGGUCGGUCAGGAGGUGUGUCUAGCUCGUGCCAGAGACUCGGACUCUGGUGCAAACGCUAGGAUCGUUUACGCCUUGACGCAUAACCCCGGUGAGCAGUUCAGAGUUGACGAGAACUCUGGUAUCAUAUAUUUGGGUAGACCAAUCAGGGCACCACCCGGCACGGUUCUUCAUCUGGAGGUGACGGCAACUGAUUCGGGUCGUGACCCGUUAUUAGCUCAAUAUCAGGUCCGAGUGACGAUCGGCGAUGUGAACGAUCACACACCGGUGUUCAACUUGACCAGCUAUGAGACAUCCUUGGCCGAGUCCACGCCGGUGAACGAGCGUUUCUUCUCACUGACGGCCACCGACACGGAUGUCGGCGCCAACGGGCAAGUGUUUUACAGCGUGACCGAUGGCAACGGCGAAGGUCGCUUCGGGAUCUUCCCAGAUGGUCAGCUGUACGUGAAGAAGGAACUCGAUCGAGAAGAGCAGGAUUACUACGCCCUGGAAGUGACCGCUUCUGACCAAGGCGAGCCGUCCAGAAGUUCCGUGGUGCCGAUGGUGAUACACAUAAUCGACGAGAACGACAACGCGCCGGAGUUCACCAACAGCAGCUUCAGCUUCCAUCUGCGCGAGAACGAGCCUCCGGACACCUUUGUCGGCAAACUGCUCGCGACCGACCGCGACAUCGGCCGCAACGCCGACCUGAUAUUCUCGCUACCGACGAGCCAGCAGGACUUCAUCGUCGACCCGAAAAACGGCUUCAUCAAAUCGCUGCGCGUAUUCGACCGGGAACUACUCAUGACCAACACCGGUGACAGCUCUAUCACUUUGGAAGUCACCGUCACCGACAACGGCGUGAAUCGUCUGCGCGAUCGUGCCAAGGUCACCAUAUACAUCACCGACGUGAACGACAACGUGCCGCAGUUCCAACGCUUACCCUAUCGCGUCCAAGUGAGCGAAGGCGCCGCCAUUGGCACGCAACUGCUGCGCGUGUACACCACCGACGCUGACGAGGGUCUCAAUGGCGACGUGUUCUACUCCCUGGAGGACGGGAACCAGCACGGCCACUUCAUGAUCGACGAGGCCACCGGGCAGAUCUCGCUGGCGAAGGUACUCGAUCGCGAGACCUUCGACAGCUACGUGUUGACUGUCGUGGCGCACGACGCCGGCAUGGAGAGUCGUCUGUCCUCCAGUGCGACCGUCUACAUCGAGGUGCUCGACGAGAACGACAACGUGCCGCGUUUCGUCGACAAUAAGUCCAAGAUCUCCGUGCUCGAAAGCACGUCGACCAACACCGAGCUGCUGAGAUUCAAGGCCACCGAUAACGACCUCGGGGUCAACAGCGAGCUAGCGUUCGCAAUAUCGGCUGGCAACAGGAGAGACAUCUUCUACAUCGACCCGUUGACCGGCACGCUAUACUUGAAGAAGCCACUCGAUUACGAGGAGCAGGUGCGCUACACGCUGAACGUCACCUGCAGCGACGGCGGCCAUCCCAGACUCAGCUCAGUCACCAGCCUGGUCGUUCAGGUGAUCGACGCCAACGAUAAUCCACCGGUGUUCCCCAACACCGCGAUAGUACGUCAGAUACGCGAGGGUAUCCACGUGCGCACGCCGAUCGUCACCAUCACCGCCGAGGACCCGGACUCCGGCGAUAACGGGGUCGUCAGUUACUCGAUCCUCAGUCAAGACCCGGAGGAUCAAGUGCGGCGAUUCGGCAUCAAUCCCUCGAGCGGCGUGAUACACACGCUGCAACCGAUCGACCGCGAGGAGGUGGACACCUUCAAGCUGGUGGUGGUCGCUACCGACCGGGCCGAGCCGCCGAGCGCGCGGUUGUCCGCCGAGAAGCUGGUCAUCGUCAUUGUCGAGGACGUCAACGACAAUGCGCCGAUCUUCGUCAGCAUGUCGGCGGUGGUGUUGCCGAGGCACCUCGGCAAUCCGAACUACCCGCAGCACCAGCUGAACAAGUCCACCAAGGAAGUCGUGGUGGUUCAGUUGCUCGCGCGCGACCUGGACUCCAGCACCAAUGGCUUGGUGACCUACGAGCUGCUGCGCUCGAGCGGCAACUACUCCGACGUGUUCCGCAUCCACCGCAGCACCGGCUACCUCACCAUGAAGCUCCCGCGAGGCUCCUCCGCGAGGAACCCUCACUACCUGGAGCGCGCGUUCAAGUACCAGGUAGGCGUGCGAGCGACCGACGAGGCGGUCCAGGCGGAGCGUCGCUCGUCGGAGACCUACGUGACCUUGAUCGUGCCGAGCGAGGACGGCGACGAUCAGCCGGUGUGGGAGCACCGGGGUCAGCUCGAAGGCAGCGUGUACGAAAACGAGCCGGUGGGUACCAGCAUCCUGCGGGUGAGCGCGCGCUCCCGCCGCUCGUCCUCCAACCUCGAGCUCGAGUAUUACGUGACGAACGUGACCGCCGGCGGCAGCGGCUCCCAGGUCGACCGGCUCUUCGACGUCGACACGAGGACGGGCGUGCUGUCCACCGCGGCGGCCCUCGAUCGGGAAACCGGCGCGCAGUGGUACGAGGUGGAGCUGUACGCCAUCGGCCUCGGCGGCAGCAGGCCCAGUACGACGUCCACUAAAGUGCACGUGAGGGUGUUGGACAAGAACGACGUGGCCCCCACGUGGGACACGGGUCCGUGGAAAUUCAAUAUCUCCGAGGAGGCGCCACCCAACACCGUGGUCACCGUGCUCAAGGCCCACGAUCCGGACACCAUAGGCACUCUAACCUACACCCUGGUGCCGAAUUAUCGUCCCGAGUCGAACGGCAGGCUCGAGUCCGUGGACGACGACUACGGCACGGAGAGUCAAUUCAAGCUCAAUCCGACCACCGGCCAGUUGAGCCUCGGCGAAGCCUUGGACAGAGAAACUAAGGAGAAAUACCUGCUGAAGGUACGCGCCGACGAUGGACUGCAGCACAGAGACAUCGUGCUUACCAUACAGGUCACCGAUACCAACGACAACGCGCCAACUUUCCAGAGCACGGCCUACUCGUUCGAUGUCCCGGAGAACGUGCCGAGGGGUAGCCGCAUCGGAGAGGUCGUUGCGACUGACGCCGAUGCUGAAGGGCCCAACAGCCAAUUGAGCUACGUGCUGAUCUCCGACUGGGCGAACGACGUGUUCUCGUUGAACCCCAACACCGGCGUGUUCACGCUCACCGCGAGCCUCGACUAUGAGCAGGUGCAGCACUACAUCCUGGUCGUGCAAGCCACGGACGGCGGCGUGCCGGCGCUGUCAUCCACGGUGACGGUGUACUGCAACGUCGUCGAUCUGAACGACAACGCGCCCAUCUUCGAGGCCGGCCCACACGCCGCCGACAUCGUGGAGAACACGACCGUCGGCAGCCCGAUACUCACCGUGACCGCUCAAGAUCUGGACUCUGGUGACAAUGGCAGAGUCGUCUACGCCGUGAUCGGCGGCGACGACGACGGGGACUUCGGCAUGGCGGCCAAUGGCACUCUCUUCACGCGGCAACCGCUGGACCGUGAACGCAAGCCUCUCUACAACCUGGUGUUGAGCGCCACUGACAGCCCGUUGCCGCCCGCUCGUCCGCUCUCCUCCACGGUGCAGGUGACGGUGGUGUUGUUGGACGUAAAUGACAUGUCGCCGGAGUUCAUAUCGCCUACAAGGAUAUCGAUAAUCGAGAACGCGCCGAGCAACACGGUGGUGAUGUCAAUCAAGGCCGUCGACCGGGACGAAGGUCGGAACGGAUACGUCGAGUAUUCGCUGGAGAACGAUAGUCUGCCGUUCACGUUGGGCUCGGUGGACGGGCUGCUGCGCGUCUCCGGGCCAUUGGACCGCGAACGGACGUCGAAUUACACUCUGCAGGUCACCGCCAAGGAUCGCGGCGAACCGCCGAGAUCGUCGUCGAUCACCGUCACCGUCGCGGUGCUCGACGAGAACGACAACUCGCCGGUGUUCGACCCUAGGCAAUACUCCGCCACCGUAGCUGAGAACGCCAGCAUCGGCGCCAGCGUCCUCCAGGUGUCGGCGAUGGAUCGCGAUGAGGGUGCCAAUGGCAGGGUGCGUUACAGCAUCGCAAAGGGCGAUGACAAUCGGGACUUUACGAUUUCUGAAGACGGCGGGGUAAUCCGGGUGGCGAAGAACUUGAACUUCGAGCGCAAAUCGAGGUACCAUCUGACCAUCCACGGCGACGACUGUGCGGCGGAAGUCGGCGAGAAGUCUCGCCAUGAUACCGCUCAGGUCGACAUUACCGUGCUGGACAUCAACGACAAUGCGCCGGUCUUUCUCGAUUCCCCGUAUAUCGCGCACGUUAUGGAGAAUUUGGUUCCACCGGGCGGUUUCAUCAUACAGGUGAAGGCAUACGACGCGGACACGCCGCCGUACAACGACCAGGUGCGGUACUUCCUCAAGGAGGGCGACACGGAUUUAUUUCGUAUAAACGCGAGCACUGGCGACAUAUUUCUCCUUCGGCCAUUGGACAGGGAGGCGAUGUCCGAGUACACGCUCACUCUAGUGGCCAUGGAUACAGGCUCGCCGCCUCUCACCGGAUCGGGCAUCGUCAAGAUCAUCGUGCUGGACGUGAACGAUCACAGCCCGGAGUUCGCCAGGCAGCACUACAAGGCCACCAUGCUGGAGAACAUGCCCGCCGGUACGUGGGUCACCAAGCUGCACGCCACCGAUAAGGACGAAGGACUCAAUGCGAAGAUCAGGUACAGUCUAUACGGGGACAAGGUAGAGCACUUCAGUGUCGAUCCCGACACGGGAGACGUAUCCACCACGAUGUCUUUGGACCGUGAACAGACCGCCGUGUAUCAUCUCACCCUGCUGGCGCAGGAUUCGAGCCCGAUGGAGCGUGCUACCGCCGUUAAACUGACGGUCUACGUGCAGGACGUGAACGACAACGCACCCCGCUUCUCCAGUUCUCAAUAUACGGCCUACGUUCCGAGUGGGAUCAAACCCGGUGACUUCGUGUUCGGCGCGAAAGCGGUCGACGACGACGACGGCGAGAACUCGCGGAUCGUUUACCGGCUUCAGGGCAAAGACGCCGAGUGGUUCACCAUCGAUCUCGACAACGGCGUGGUACGCGCCACGCAGGAACUGGCCAGGAAUGAUCAGAUUAUUUAUCAGCUGCAAAUACAAGCGUCCGACUGCGGAGAUGAACCCCAGCACGUCACCACCGACCUAGUGAUACAUCUGUCGGAGCGAGAAUUGUUCCCCAGGUUUGAAUCAAGUAUCAGCACGAGGUUCACGCUACCCGAGGACGUGCCAGAAGGCACGCUGAUCACCAAACUGAAAGCGACCAUGCCGAAGAGCGGAUCUGUCAGUAAUCUGAUUUACGGCAUAGCUGGUGGAAACGUCGGAGAUGCCUUGAAAAUCUAUUCUCACACCGGCGAGGUCGUGGUGGCUUCUGGUUUCGAUUACGAGACAGCUCCGUACUACGAAGCUUGGAUAGAGGUGCGUGACUCUGAUCUACCGGCGCUACGCAGUGUACUCCAACUGCUGGUCAACGUCACCGACGCGAAUGAUAACGCACCCGUCAUGGAGGCGGCCAUUUACAACGCAACUGUGCUGGAGAAUGAGUACCCACCAGUGCCUGUCACUAAAGUAUCAGCGAAGGAUCGCGAUUCCGGCUUGAACGGUCAGGUCACUUACCAUCUAGUCAACAACUCUUUCGAAUCCUUCAUCAUCGACAACAGCACCGGACAAAUCGAUACCAAUGCCAAGUUGGAUCGUGAAGAGAUCGCAUUUUACGAGCUGAUCGUGGAAGCUCGAGAUCAAGGCCAUCCUCAGCUGACCGGUACUGCGACGGUACUGGUGACCGUGUUGGACAAGAACGAUAAUCCGCCGCACUUCACGCGACUGUUCAGCGUCAACGUGACGGAGAAUUCGGAGAUCGGCACGUUCGUUAUACGUAUUACCAGCAGCGAUCUGGACAUCGGCCAAAACGCGAAUGUCAGUUACAGCUUCACUCACAAUCCAGGAGAAAAGUUUACCAUCGAUGCCCUCAGCGGUAACGUAACCGUGGCUGGGCACCUCGACAGAGAGGAGCAAGACGAGUAUUUGCUGAAGAUCGUAGCGGUGGACGGUGCGUGGCGAGCAAAGACCGCCCUGACGAUCACUAUCCAAGACCAGAACGACAACUCGCCCGAAUUCGACGAGAACACCUAUUACUUCCACUUCCCUGAACUUCAACCGGCAGUGACUCACGUUGGUCAAGUUACAGCGAUAGAUCGCGACAAGCAAGGACCGAACUCGGCCAUAUCCUACAGCUUAUUGCAACCUUCUGACCUCUUCACCGUCGACCCAGCGACCGGGGACGUCUUCAGCAAGCGUACUCUGCGUUACAAACACACUCACCGACCGUCUUCGCCGGAGAACUUGUACUCGUUGACGGUGGUAGCGACCGACAACGGUAAACCACCGAUGUCCUCGCGCUCAGUGGUCUACGUGAGCGUGGUGGACGCCAACAACAAUGCACCUCGCUUCGAGCAUAGAUCCUACUUGUCGCCGGUGCCGGAGAAUUACAGUGUGAGCAAACGUAUCACCCAAUUGAUCGCCCGCGACGACGCCGACUUCGGCGUGAACGCCGAGAUAGAUUACACCCUAGUGAGCAUGAAUAUCAGUGCGAAUACCAGCGAUCUGUUCUCCAUCGAGGAGCGAUCUGGGUGGGUAUACGUGCACAAGAGUCUCCACGGCAUCGCUAUCAACACAGAGUUCCUGUUGACGGCCAUCGCUACCGACCGAGGUGUGCCGCCGCAGAAAGACGAGGUCUCGUUAACGUUGGUGAUCUCCGGCGAGAAUCAACAUGCACCUACCUUCGCGGCCGUCAGCUAUCAGGUGAGGGUGCCGGAGAACGAGCCGAUCAACACCACGAUCUUGACGGUGAACGCCUCGGAUAGCGACAAUGGGCCGAACGGCAUGAUCCGCUACAAGAUCUCAGCUGGAAAUGAGGGGAACGAAUUCCUCGUGCAUUCCAUCACAGGCGCGGUCACCCUACUAGAGCGCCUCGACUACGAUAUGGUGCAAGAGUAUCGGUUGAACAUCACCGCCACCGAUCUGGGUUUCGAGCCGCGGCAGGCAGUUGCUACCUUAACCGUGCACAUUUCAGACAUCAACGACAACCCGCCGAUCUUCAACGAGAGCGUCUACGAUGCGUAUUUACCGGAGAACUCGCCGCCAGACAGUUUCGUCUAUAAGGUGGUCGCUCAAGACAUCGACUCGCCCAAGAACGCCGUGGUGCAAUACAAGAUCCUCGGCGGCAAUGGCAAAGACCACUUCCGCAUACACAAGGACACCGGCGAGAUCACGUCGGACACUAGCUUCGACUAUGAGGAGGCCAACGAGUACAGUCUCGACAUCGUCGCAGCCAAUCCCGACUCCAGUCCGCAGAUGGUCGGCUUCACGACCGUUAGAGUGCACAUCACCGGGGUGAACGAGUUCUACCCGAAGUUCAUUCAGCCUGUCUUCCACAUGGACGUGUCAGAAAGUGCGGAGGUGAGCACAUCGGUCGGUCUAGUCCAAGCCACCGAUCAGGAUUCAGGCGAAGACGGUCGAGUGUACUACCUGUUCGUGGGUUCGUCCAACGACCGCGGCUUCACCAUCGGCUCCGAGACCGGUAUUAUACGAGUCUCACGACGUCUCGAUCGUGAGACGCAGAAUCGCGUGGUGUUGACGGUAAUGGCGAAAAACGGCGGCGGCAUUCGCGGCAACGACACCGACGAGGCGCAAGUGAUCGUCUCCAUCCAAGACGGCAACGACCCGCCUGAAUUCCUGCAAAGCUCCUACGAGGCCACUGUGUCAGAGGGAGCCGUCCACGGCACCCGGGUGCUCACCGUGCGCGCGGUCGAUAAGGACAUACGCCCGCAGAACAAUCAGUUCUCGUACUCUAUCAUCAGCGGCAAUCUUGGACAAGCUUUCAAGGUAGAUCCGCAGACCGGCGAUAUCGAGACGGCGAAGCAGCUCGAUCGCGAAACCGUGCCUACGUACGAUUUGACGAUUGGCGCGAUAGACACCGGUUCGCCGCCUCAAACCGGUACCGCGAUGGUGCAUAUCGAUCUGUUGGAUGUCAAUGACAACGGACCGGUGUUCGACCCGUCGGAGAUGAUCGGCUAUGUCAGCGAGAACGAGCCAGCCGGCACGAGCAUCAUGACCUUGAGCGCGACUGACCCUGAUCUGCCACCUAAUGGUGCUCCGUUCUCAUACCGGUUGAUCGGUGGAAGACAGAGCGACAUGGUCACGUUAGACAAGCAUUCCGGAAUAUUGAAAACCACCAAGAGCCUCGACAGGGAAACGAUGCCGCAACUAGACCUCGUGAUCGAGGUUGAGGAUUCGGGUAUACCUCGAAUGAAGAGCGAGCACACCAUAACCGUGAUUGUCACCGACCAGAAUGACAGUCCGUCUACGCCGAGGUCAGUGCAUGUGAUGGUGUAUUCUUUCAACGGGAAGACUCCUCUAGGAAAGAUCGCCGACGUGCAUCCGAACGAUCCGGACACCACCGGCGUUUAUAACUGCAGGAUCAUCUCGGGCUUGAGUACGCGCAGUCUCACGAUUCCCACUGGCUGCGAUCUGCACACCAACAAAAUUACAUCAGGAAUCGGCUACUCGUUGAGCGUCUCCGGUAAUGACGGACAACAUUCCGAUGUCGUCUCCAAAGUCACCGUCGAGUUCCUCAUCUUCUCAAACGCCACGAUCGAGAACAGCGUAACCAUGAAGAUCUCCAAAUUGAUCGCGAAAGAUUUCCUCAGCCAGUAUUACCGACCACUCUUAGACCUCCUGCAUGAGAAGAUCGACGUCGGCGACACGCUCACCAUCUUCAGCAUCGGCGAAAACGGGCCGGACCUGAACGUCCAUGUGGCAGUGAAAGCCUCGCAAGGAUAUCGCACGAAGUUCGAAGUCACGGAUCUGCUGACGCGCAAUCGCGACCAAAUCCAAAUGUUGCUCGAGGGUAAAUCUUUCACCGUCAGUUACUCCCCGUGCAAGCACACUCCGUGCGAGAACGGUGGCAGUUGCAGCGAUCGACUGGCUAUAUACGACGACGCCAGGAUCACCGACAGUCAAGCGUUGAUCCUGACGUCACCCAGAAUAUUGCACGAAAUGGCCUGCAAGUGUCGGGACGGCUUCACCGGCGACAGGUGUGAGAAGAGGCAGGAUCCGUGUUCGCCGAAUCCUUGUUCGCUGGGAGGACAAUGUCGACGUUUGGGAUAUGACUUCCAAUGUAUCUGCCCCAUCGAUCGCGACGGCAAGCUGUGCGAGCUCGAGAGAGGCGACGUGUGUGCCAGCAAUCCGUGUCGAAACGGCGGCUCAUGCAGAAAGAGUCCAGACAGCUUCAGCUUCUUCUGCCUCUGUCGAGCGGGCUACAGAGGCAACCACUGUGAGGCGGUCACCGACUCCUGUCGCCCGAAUCCCUGCUUGUACGGUGGCUUGUGCGUGGGAGAGAAACCCGGCUAUCGAUGCAGCUGUCCGGAGGGUCGCUACGGACGGCACUGCGAGCGAUCGACCUUCGGCUUUGACGAGCUGUCGUACAUGGCAUUCCCAACACUGGACUCCAACACGAACGACAUCACUAUCGUGUUCGCUACUACGAAGCCGAACGCGCUGCUACUGUACAAUUACGCACCGCAGAACGGCGGUCGCUCAGACUUCGUCGUACUCGAGCUGAUGAACGGCAGAGUAGUGUUCUCCUACGGCGGUGCCAGGAGCGCGAUCACCUCCGUCACCAUCAAGGCCGGGAAGCCGGUGUCGGAUGGCAAGUGGCGCAAGGUGACGGCCACUAGAAACGGCAGGGUGGUCUCGCUUAGUGUGUCCGUCUGCAAGGAACACGGCGACCUCUGCGACGAUUGCAGUCCCAGCGAUGGUACUUGCUACGUGAACGACGUGGGCCCGACCGGGAGUUUGAACUUCAACAAUAAUCCUCUGCUGCUGGGUGGCUUGGAAAAUGCCGACCCCGUGUUAGAACGUCCGGGUCAGGUGCAUUCCGACGACUUUGUCGGUUGCAUUCACUCGGUGUCGAUAAACGGCAGAUCCCUAAAUCUGACGAAUCCAAUCGCGUCCCGCGGCGUAAAGUCCACAUGCAUCAGAUCGCAGAAGAAUCCUUGUACGAAAGACGAGGAGAAAGCGGUGUCCGUAUGUAGCGCGGGUUCUCAAUGUUACGACAAGUGGCACCAAGUGAUGUGCCAAUGCGGAUCCUUGACGGCGCCCAACUGCCAAGGCGCCUUAGAGCCCGUUACAUUAAGCGAGGGUGGAUUUGUGGAGUUCAAGGUGUCGGAGAAACAUAGAAGAAUGCAGUUGUUGGAGUACCUCUACGGUGGCUCCACUAUAUGGCACGAGAAUCGCGUGAAACGCGAUGUCGCCGGAGACACCAGCUUCAUAGCAAACCCCUCGCCGUUGAAGACGAUCGGUCUGAUGUUCAGAACUGUGAAACCCGAUGGAAUUCUCAUAUACGCCGCUACCAAUAAACAUUUUACAUCUAUAGAGCUUCGUAACGGACAGCUGAUCUACAUGUCGUUGCUUGGUUCACCGGUAAAUAUGUCGGUUAACGUCGAGGGUGGCCUUGCCGAUGGGCACUGGCACAACCUGACGCUCUAUGCUUACGCACGAGGACUAAGACUGCUAGUCGACAGUGCCCUAACGGGCGACGAGCUCGACUUGGCGGGUGUUCACGAUUUCUUGGACCCUUACUUAUCCGUCCUAUCGAUCGGCGGGGUCAGCCAAGACCUUUAUUACGCUCACAGCGCUGGCGCGAGGAGCUUCGAAGGAUGCUUGGCGAACUUCAGCAUCAACAAUGAAGUGCAGCCGUUCAACGGGUCUGGUUCCAUCUUCAAGGACGUAAUCUAUCAUGGCAAAGUGAGCACCGGCUGCAGAGGGCCGAUUGGCAUCAGCGCGGCUGUCGACGCGGAUCCGCUCAGCAUCGGCAUCACCUUGGUGAUCGUCUUUUUCGUCAUACUGCUGAUCGCAAUCCUCGUGAGCUUCAUAGUCUUCCGACUGCGGCGACAGAACAAAGAGAAAUCGGCACCUUCAGUCGUCAAUAAAAACACCAACGCUAUCAUCACCGGCAACCCGCUGGUCGGCGCCGGUAACGAUAAUCUCAUGUCCCGCCAUGAGAACACUUACAUCUCCGACACGUCGGAUUUACGCGGCGUGGGUCACAUGGGGCCCGAGCUCAUCUCUAAGAAGUACAAGGAACGCGAGAUCAACUCCACCGCCGAGCAUCGGCCUCAACGACCGGACAUCAUCGAGCGGGAGGUGACCAAGUCGCCGCCUAUUCGCGACGAGCACCCACCGCUACCGCCACCUGCUCAAACCUCUCUUCACUCUCACGAACACAAUCCAGAACCUGAUAUACCGGAACACUAUGACCUGGAGAACGCCAGUUCCAUCGCGCCCAGCGAUAUCGACAUUGUGUACCACUACAAGGGUUACCGCGACGGAAUGAGGAAGUACAAGGCCACUCCGCCUCCUAUAGGUAACUACAGUAAUCACCACAAACACACAGGACAACAGCAUCGUCACACUGGUCCCUUCCCACCGCGGACGAUGCCACCUCCCAACGUGAACCAACCGCCUGGGUCAGCGCCCAAGUUGUUGCAGAGUACCCCUUUGGCGAGACUGUCGCCGAGCAGUGAGCUGUCCGCGCAACAACCGCGGAUUCUCACGCUUCACGACAUCAGCGGCAAGCCGCUACAGAGCGCCCUACUGGCCACCACGUCGUCGUCGGGCGGUGUUGGCAAGGAUGCGCUCAAUUCCAACAGCGAGAGAAGCCUGAACUCGCCCAUCAUGAGCCAACUAUCGGGCUCGACUGCCAGCAGGAAAGCACCGCAGUCCAACAACGAGAACUCCGUGAAUAAUGUAUCGUCAGGGCCGAUGGGUCUCACUGCGGAAGAGAUCGAGCGGCUGAAUUCCCGGCCGAGAACGUCCAGUCUGGUCUCCACGUUGGACGCAGUAAGCUCCUCCAGCGAAGCGAGAGGACCGCCCGCUCACGGGCCUCUUCAUCAUCAUCGACGCCACACGCCGCCGGUGGAGAGGCUCGAGCGACGCAACUCGUCGACCACCGACGAGAGCGGCAACGACAGUUUCACUUGCUCGGAAAUCGAGUACGACAAUGGCUCGUUGGUUGGCGACAAGCGAUCCGACAACCUCUUCGCCAAGCAAGACGACGAGGAGGUGAGCCAACGUAACAACGAGUCGGCACAGUCGACGAAGCCGCCGUUGCCGCCGAACGUGAACUACGACGGCUUCGACAGCUCGUUCCGUGGCUCCCUCAGCACCCUCGUCGCCUCGGACGACGACCUGUCGACCCACAUGGGCGCGCUCUACAGCAGCAGGCACGCCACCAACGGCUCGCCAGCCCUCACCGAGGACUACCUCAGCUGGGACUACGUGCUCAACUGGGGACCCAACUUCGAGAGCCUCGUCGGUGUCUUUGUCGACAUCGCCGAGCUCCCGGACAGCGCCAGUCGAGUGCCCAGCACGUUGCGAUUGCCGGCGAACAUUCCCAAGCCAUCCGAGGAGUACGUCUGAGAGGAUCACAGAGAGACGAUGGAGACGGUACUUGGAACGGCUACUCGCCAGGACAAUUCAGUGGACUGAUAUUUAGUUUAGUGAUGAUCGCGGAGCUGUCUCGUCGGGAAAGCUACUCGUGCCGAGAAGUCCCGCGGGAUCCGCGAUUUAGCAAUGUUGAGUCGCCACGGUAAUUCUCUUAGUUGAUUGACUUAGUCGACGAACGUGUUUCUAGUUCGGACUCUGCAAUUGUCGCCGGUCGAUAGUAUUAAUAGCGAGCAGUUAGUCGCGACGUCCGAUAUCCGGUUCGGAGGAACCUAAAGGAGAAGCUGCCUCGAGAAGUCGAGGCCUCGAGUCCUCCAUAAGAAGAAGAAGAAAUGGUUGCAUCAUAACCACAACAAGAUGCCGGCCGCAUAUCGAACGUGUGAUCAUCUUGCCAUAAAAAGUGUAAAGAGGGGAAUUCUCUUCCCCGCCACCCUGCAAUGAACAGACUUGUUCGGCACACACACUCUGGGGACACUCUGUUAUUUCGUAUUGCGUAUCUAAUUAUCCUGCGAAUUUGUAAAUAUCGAUUAACGCGUGUCAAAGAAUCAAAAACGCGACUCCCAGUCGUCGAAGUGCGCGACACGUCCACCUUCUAUUGUAUGAUCGAUCGAACUGUAAGCAAAGAGAGAAAGAAAGAGAGAAAGAGAGAAUUCUCGCGCAAUCUGGAAUGUUAAACCAAUAAACACCAACUAACACUAACAUUAUAUUGAUAUUAUAAUUUCCCAUAGAACGAUGUAACUGUUAUACAAAUAUGUUAUAUUGCGCUUACAUUAUUGAGUGCGAAGUUAUAACAUUGAUGUGAUGUCACUGUUGGUGUUUACUGGGUAACACUGCGUAACGUUCCGCGCACUUGGAGCGAUCGUAUGCGAAAAUCUCCCAGUUGAAUGUAUAUUCGCACAGAAUAUACUCCAAUUGCGCCGAAUGUCAUCGUAGUUGCAGCGAGACGGAGAGACGUGCGACUGAGUAUUCAAGGCAGUUCAAUUAACUAUUAAAUAGUAACUUCUGUAUAUAUCCUAAGGAAAAUCCGUGCCAGAUACACGCUGGAUACAGUCGCACACGUCGCGUUAAUUAUCGAUUCGACGGUCGGUAAAUGUGAAAAGCAGACGCGGUACCCAGUAAAAAAUCAGUUAACAGUAACAUAUAUAUGUAUAUCUCACACCAAUAUUAAAAUUUCCCAUUCAACGAUGUAAUUGUUACAUAGAACACACGUUAUAUUGUACUUGCAUUGUUGAGUGGAGAAUUACAACAUUGAUGUAAUCACCCAGCAAACACCAAGUAACAGUUAGUAACUGCGCAUAACUGUUAGUUAUAAUUUCCUACUCAAUAAUGUUAUGUAACUGUUGUUGAGUAGGAAAUUAUAAUAGUUAUAUAAUUGUUACUUGGUGUUUACUGGGGAUACAUGACUGUUGGUCGAUAUUUAGCUGGAGUAGCCGCGAUCGGGCGUUGUGAAUUCGUAUGCUCAAUUCGUCCGUAUAUCGUUACAGGCAAUAAAAAAAAGGUAAAAAAAGAAAGAAAUAAACACGAGACGCGCCCUGCGGUGUUCCUUGAGAGAAGAAGCCGCCGCGAGAUUCGCGCAAAGAGACCGCCAGACUGAUCCUUUUCUUUCCUCCAGCGCGCUUCGCGAUCGCGAAGCGGCCUCCGACGAAUCGCCCUUUCUAUAUAUCUUGUUGUAAAUUACGAGACUCGCCGUCAGUGCCCGUCUCAUUCCUGUAAAUAGUACAUUGUAAACGCGUGAAUUGUACAAAAGUGCGAAUGCGUGUGCGUGUGCGUGUGUGCCUGUGUGCGUGCUACUCUAUCAUCACGCGUCGAUCGUACUCGUAAUAGACGACAGAUUUGUAAAAGCUGCUGCGUGACUUCAUUCAUCCUUCUUCACGCAUCCUUGCCCGCACUCUAAUCCAAAGAAGCUCUACAAACGUGCUUUUCGUGGAUCUUUAUGCUAGAAAUGGAACGCACACCGGGAGACAAGCUUUUGACAUAUCAAGUUAUUUUCCAGGUAAUUGCUUGUUAC